ACCCUCUUGAAAGCGCCACGUGACGCCCUUCCCUCCAAAUUCUCCCCAGUCCGCUACCCGUUUGUCACGUCGACCUUAUCUCUACGUGCUUCUCGAUCUGCCCUCCACGUCAGCUUGAAAACUCCAGAUCUCGAUCGACGGCUCAGAUUCCUCCGAUCCGUUCAGACCCGUUCGACCUUUAGCUCCCCCGUCCCCAUUAAAUAUCAGUGUGCCUCUACACUCCCUCUCUCCCACUCUAUCGCGAACGUUAGGGUCUUUCUAUUCUGUGCGUACCAGCUCCGCUGUUCGCUACCGUGCGCCAUGGGCCUUCUGGACCAGUUGUGGGACGACACCGUUGCCGGCCCCCGCCCGGAAAAUGGUCUCGGCAAGCUCCGGAAGUACUCUUCCCUUAAUUCCCGCUCGGCUUCCGGCAAGGAAUUGGAGGGUGGAAACGCGAGAUCCUACGGCGACGAAGAUGGUACGGACGAGGCCAUUAGGGUUACGCGUAAGAUCAUGAUAGUGAAGCCGCCAGGGUACCAGAGCGGAUCGCCGCCGGUCUCGCCUGCAGGAUCUACUCCUCCGGUAUCUCCCUUCGCCGGAGGGAGAUCAGAGUCAUUUCGGUUUCGUAGGAGGUCUACCUCGGAUGCUUACGAAAAGGCAAUGGGACCAAGGAGCCCCCCUGGUCCUUAUGAUGUGUGAAAUGUGAUCAUCAUCAGCAACCUUGCUCACCACCCAUAAUACCAAAAUCUUAUCUCCAUCCAUCCACGCAUCCAUCGGAGGGCUGAAAAUUUUCUGCUGCUAUAUGUAUGUAUGUAGUGUUUUGCUUGUGAGGGUCUCUUCCUCUCUGUUUGUAGCUUGCGGGUUCGAUUUUGGUUUCGGGUUUGUAGUUUUGUAGCUAGCUGCUAGGUGUGUAUGCAGAGUCAUAUGUGUACAUGUACAUAUGUGUCUGUGGAGUAUGGAAAGUUUGUAUGUGGCCCAUAGCAGAGAUGAGGAGUUGGAACUUUGGGUUUGGACUUCGUAAUCCAUGAUGUAUAAAUUAAGUGCUACUUUGGUGGGUACUGUAGUUUGUUUCAUCUUUGACCUACAUGGUAAGUUUUUAUGCUGUUCCUCUC